AUGAUACCGUGGUCGUCAUUCGUUCAGAAGGCCCAGAGCCUGAUUGACCCUGCCAAUUUCAAUAUUCCCGCCCUAUCCUCGCCCGAUCAUAAUCCCUCCAAGGCAUCGUUAUUCCGGCAACAAUUCCGCCUCCCUGAUUCCCAGAACCCGCUUCAAGAGAUCACCGCCGAUCUCGUUCUACCACUGCCAAACUCCUCGACAAACCAAGGAGAUGGCUCCCGCCGCAUCGACCGGGCGGGAAACACAUACACCGGACGUCUGCAUCUGAGUGAACGUUUCAUCUGCUUUUCAACCCAGCCGACAAGCUUCGUUCCCUCUGCCACAGCAAGUGCCUCAACCACUUGGACUGGCCAGACGCAUGGCACUGGGCCAUCAGGCAAUGGAUUCAUUCUCCCGCUGUCCUGCAUAAGACGUGUUGAACGCCUUCAUAGCGCCAGUCAUGUUUUCUCCCUUGCGCUCACAACAUGGAAUGGCUUGCUCAAUAAGCAACAAGAACCCAACUUCGUCCCUCAACGCCUCAUAUUGCAGCUUGUCGGUAGCAGACAGGCCUGUGAGCGAUUCUGUGACACACUGAAAAAAGGCUUACGGGAAGGAAUGAAGGAAGUUGACAGCUUGCGGACCGUCGUCUCGGAUUGUUAUUCGGAAUAUCUGCUCUCAGGUGCAAAAGGAAAGGGACAAGAUGGGAAUGAGGCUGACACUCGUCAACCGCCAGAUGCGGGGCUUGGUCUGAUUUUCCGCUACCCUGGUGAUGCACGCAAGCUGCGUGAUCGCAGCAAGAUGAGACUAUGGGGCGAGUAUUUCAGAGGUAAAAGGACAUCUAUCUUUUCUUUGAUCGUAUUUCCGACAUCUGACCGAUAUCCACCAGAAAAUGGUCGCAAUGCCAUGUUGAUUCGCCAACCAACCUUCCACAAGCUAAUCAGGGUUGGUUUGCCAAACCGGUUACGCGGAGAAAUAUGGGAGCUUACAUCCGGUUCUCUGUUCCUUCGUCUGCAAUCUCCGAUGCUGUAUCAACAGACAUUGGCCAAAUUUGAUGGACAAGAAUCCCUUGCUAUCGAUGAGAUUGAGAAAGAUUUGAAUCGCAGUCUACCAGAGUAUCCUGGGUUCCAGAGCGAAGAAGGCAUUGGACGCUUACGAAGAGUUCUCACUGCGUACAGUUGGAUUGACCCGGAGAUUGGGUAUUGCCAAGCCAUGAACAUUGUGGUUGCCGCAUUGUUGAUAUAUAUGUCCGAGGCCCAGGCCUUCUUCCUUCUCUCUGCGCUGUGUGACCGUCUCCUUCCAGGUUACUAUUCAACAACAAUGUACGGCACACUACUCGAUCAGAAGGUGUUUGAGUCACUAGUUGAGAAAACAAUGCCAGUUCUCUGGGAUCACCUCACCAAAUCAGAUGUACAACUUUCUGUGGUAUCGUUGCCAUGGUUUCUCUCGCUCUACAUUAACUCCAUGCCGCUCGUCUUUGCUUUCCGUGUCUUGGAUGUGUUUUUCUUAGAAGGGCCAAAAGUCCUCUUCCAGGUCGGUCUUGCCAUUCUCCGAGUUAAUGGCGAGGAACUUCUCGAGACACAAGAUGACGGGUCGUUUAUCUCUGUCUUGAAGUCGUAUUUCUCACGACUGGACGAAUCCGCCCACCCGAGAUCAGAGAAUCCCAAGCUGCGAGCCAUUACUAGAUUCCAAGAAUUGAUGGUGGUUGCUUUCAAGGAGUUCUCUGGUAUCACUCACAGCACGAUCACUGAGACACGCGAAAAGCACAAGGGUGCUGUGCUAGAGAACAUCGAGACUUUUGCAAAGCGUACUUCUAUCCGAAACCUUGGACCCGAAAGCAAACGCCUGAGCGUGGAUGAUCUUGGAACGAUUUACGACCGCUUCUAUGAGACGCUGUACCAGUGGGAGCAACGCCAGAAAGUUAUCGAGGAAGAGACGAGGCGGCAAGAACGAAAGAACUCCCAACGCCUUUCCAUGCUUGCUCCUCCUGCGGAUACCCAAGUUGGCCGUGUUGGUCUUGGACCUAGCCCCACACAUAUGGAUUAUGACGCUUUCCGGGAGUUUUUAGCGGCGACAUCCAAAUGGGCGGUCGCUGACUCCCCUGGACCAUCAACGAAAGAAUCGUCAUCAGGGAAAUCGGCAUUGUGGGCGAACCGCAGGCAGCCGGCAGACCAUGAGUUCAUGCAACGCCUCUACCGCAAGUGGGCCACAAACCCCGAGGAGGGAUUGAAUCUCCAAAAUGUGGUGAAUGGUCUCGCCCGCCUGAAGGGAUCCCCUGACAUCAUGAAUAACAUCAACUACUUCUUCGACCUGUACGAUGACAGUGGAAAUGGCCAGGUUGAUCGUGAGGGGAUCCUCAAAAUCUCCGAGGCGCUGUUGUUUCUCUCCCGGCGUGGGUUUGAGGGCACGAUCACGGCCACUCCAUCUGUGGAAAAUCUCAACUCGAUGGCAGACCGCGACCAUGCUGAGAACUCGCUGACUACUGACGAGAAAUUCCUCGGUAGUGUCAGCGCAUUUAUCCGUCGCUGUUUCGAAUAUGCCGACCCCAGCCACCCAGAGCACCAGAAAACAGACCAGCAAGAUGCAACGGCAGAGGCAACUGAGAAACUAGACUCAUUUGCCAUUGGCGACGACGACGAAGAAGAAGACCUGAUUGACGUUGAUGAUGCCAAGCCCACCAACUCUCCAGCACCAGACGUAGCCACCCAGUUGGCCAAGUCUACCACCGCCGAAUUAGUCAGUCACAACCAAAACCACUCAACAUCUGAGUCUGCGAACCCGGCUCUCGACCCUAAUAAUCCCCUGCAUAUCACUCUCCCCACUUUCCGAAUGGUUAUCCUGGCCGAUGAACUUCUAGAGCAGUUCUUUGAAUCCUAUUUCCCUCAAUCUUUCCACCUAUCCGACCACCCCCACCCCGCGGCCCUGGCUGCAUCAUCCACAAUGUCGUCCAACCUCACAACUUUCUCCAACCUCGGCAGCAUCCGUUCCCCCGGACUAGCCGCAGGCUCAGCGCCCAUCGCCGGCGCGUCAGGAGGCAUCGUGCCGCCAGGCAAGGGCCUGCGCGGUGUCCUGGACAACAUCGUCUCCGACGGAAUCCGCAUGGCCGCCGAAGUCAAGAAGCGAAUGGACGAGGCACAGCGCGAUCUCGAGCGCAACGCUCUCGGCCGCGAGGAAGAUGAAGACGACGAAGACGAUGAAGACUAUCCCCGCCGUGAGAACACUGCCACCGCCAUUCCUGGUGGUAUCCCCAGCUGGGGCGCUGGCGCAUACGGUGCUGAUACCGAGCGCCGUAGCGUUGUCCGUGACGCUGACCGUGACCUCCUUGAAGGAGCUGAGGUGCUUGGCGGCGGAAAGGAAGAGAGAAAUUCUCUCUUGGACGGAAAGGAUGAUGUGAACCACGCUCCUCGCAAGGUGUCCAGCUCUGCGGCUUCCGCUAAGGGCGGUGGCUCUCCCACAGUCCGCGAUGGCGAGGUUAUCAGCAAGCUCGUCGAGUUUGAGUCAUGA